AUGCAGUGGGUGAAGGUGCUUGGGGGGUUGGUGGGGGCCUCUGCCCUCUUGGGCCUGGGGAUCAUCCUGGGCCGCUUCGCCAUUCCCAAAGGGGCCGACGCACCGGCUCCCGGCGUCUCGGUCUCCCAGGACCUGGAUCUGGAGAUCCUUGAGACCGUCAUGAAGCAGCUGGAUGCCAGCAAGAUCCGAGAGAACCUUAGAGAACUCUCCAGGGAGCCUCACCUGGCCUCCAGCCCCCGGGAUGAGGCGCUGGCACAGCUCCUGCUGCACCGCUGGCGGGACCCGGAGUCAGGCCUGGACGCGGCGGAGGCCCCCACGUACGAAGUGUUGCUGUCCUUCCCCAGCCGGGAGCGGCCCAACCGGGUGGCUGUCGCAGUGGGUCCCACUGGGACCAUCCUCUUCUCCUGCCGCCAGAGUGAACAGAACCUGACUGGGGAGCAGGGGGGCCCCGAUGUGGUGCCACCUUAUGCGGCCUACGCUCCCCCUGGAACCCCGCAGGGCCUCCUCGUCUACGCCAACCGGGGAACGGAAGAAGACUUUAUGGAGCUACAGACUCAGGGCAUCAGACUGGAAGGCACCAUCGCGCUGACCCGCUAUGGGGGUACAGGGCGUGGGGCCAAGGCUGUCAAUGCGGCCAAGCACGGGGUAGCUGGGGUGCUGGUGUACACGGACCCCGCAGACAUCAACGAUGGGCACAGCUCCGCCAGCCAGACCUUUCCGAACUCUUGGCGCCUGCCUCCCUCAGGGGUGGAGCGAGGCUCCUACUAUGAGUAUUUUGGGGAUCCUCUGACUCCCUACCUUCCGGCCAAUCCUUCUUCCUUCCGCCUGAACCCUGAUACUGUCCCUGGAUUUCCUCCCAUUCCCACUCAGCCCAUUGGCUUUGAGGAUGCAAAAAUCCUUCUCUGUAACCUCCAGGGAACCUUGGCCCCAGCUGCCUGGCAGGGAGCACUGGGCUGUGACUACAAGUUGGGGCCUGGCUUCCGACCUGAUGGAGACUUCCUAGCAGACAGCCAGGUGAACGUGAGCGUCCACAACCGCCUGGAGCUGCGGAACUCCUCCAACGUCCUGGGGAUCAUCCGCGGGGCGGUGGAGCCCGACCGCUACGUGCUGUACGGAAACCACCGGGACAGCUGGGUACACGGGGCCGUGGACCCCAGCAGUGGCACUGCCGUCCUCCUGGAGCUCUCCCGAGUCCUGGGGACCCUGCUAAAGAAGGGAACCUGGCGGCCCCGCAGAUCAAUAGUGUUUGCGAGCUGGGGGGCAGAGGAGUUUGGCCUCAUUGGCUCCACAGAAUUCACCGAGGAAUUCUUCAGCAAGCUGCAAGAGCGCACCGUGGCCUACAUCAACGUGGACAUCUCCGUGUUUGCCAAUGCCACCUUGAGGGCUCAGGGAACACCCCCGGUCCAGAGCGUCAUCUUCUCCGCGGCCAAACAGAUCCCCGCACCGGGCCUCGACGGCCUCAGCAUCUACGACAACUGGAUCCGGUAUUUCAACCGUAGCAGCACAGCAUACGGCCUGGUUCCCAGCCUGGGCUCUCUGGGUGCUGGCAGCGACUACGCACCCUUCAUUCACUUCCUGGGCAUCUCCUCCAUGGACAUCGCCUACACCUAUGACCGGAGCAAGACCUCGGCCAGGAUCUACCCCACCUACCACACAGCCUUUGACACCUUUGGUUACGUGGACAAAUUUGUGGACCCUGGCUUCAGCAGCCAUCAGGCUGUGGCCCGGACAGCAGGGAGCGUGCUGCUUAGGCUCAGUGACAGCCUCUUUCUGCCUCUUAACGUCAGUGACUACGGAGAGACCCUCCGAAAUUUUCUGCAGGCUGCCCAGCGCGACCUUGGGGUCCUGUUGGAGCAGCACAGCAUCAGCCUGGGGCCUCUGGUGACUGCAGUGGAGAAGUUUGAGGGGGCAGCCGCGGCCUUGGGCCAACACGUAUCAGCGCUGCAGAAAGACACCCCCGACCCCCUGCAGGUCCGGAUGCUCAACGACCAGCUGAUGCUGCUGGAACGGACCUUCCUAAACCCGCGAGCCUUCCCAGAGGAACGAUACUACAGCCAUGUGCUCUGGGCACCCCGCACGGGCUCCGUAGCCACAUUCCCAGGCCUGGCCAAUGCCUGCUCCAGGGCCAUGAACACGAGCCUAGGAUCUGCAGCCUGGGCGGAAGUGCAGAGGCAGCUCAGCAUCUUGGUGGUGGCCCUGGAGGGCGCGGCAGCCACCCUGCGGCCUGUGGCUGACCUCUGACCCCAGCCCUCUUUCUCCAGCUCCCACCAUCCUUUAUCCUAACCUUCUCCCACCCGAGUUCUUUUUGGGUGUGCCCCAGUCGUCCUUGAUGCCAACCUAAGGCACUAUCACUGGACCCUCCAGAGCUUGAGACAACAGCUCAGGAUCCUGCCAGUUGUGGACGCCUGAAGGGAGUGACAAGCCUUCCUCGUCCUGGAUCUUGGUCGGCAGAGGGUGAAGAUCCGGAGACGGGGAUGGUGGGGAGUGUCAAAACCACCAGCUGGGGGGGGGGGGGGCGCCUGGGUGGCUCAGUUGGUUAAGCGUCCGACGUCAGCCCGGGUCACGAUC